CUUAUCUAGUCUGUGGUGUUACCGUUUCAAGCGAAUGGCAAUUUGAUAAGCCGAAUUGAAGCAAAAAACUAUUUCAAUGGCAAUUUUUUUUAUAUUUAAAUGUUGAAAAUGUCGCAAACGCUCAAAAGGGUUUUCGUGUAUGGCACAUUGAAGAGCGGCGAGCCGAACCAUCAUUGGCUGACGACCAAAGCAAAUGGCCUGGCCCGCUUCCUGGCCAAGGGCACGACGGUGAUCAGGUUUCCACUUGUGAUCGGCACACGGUACAACAUUCCAUUUUUGCUGGACAAGCCGGGUGUGGGCCACAAUGUCCAGGGCGAGAUCUACGAAGUGGAUGACACAAUGCUCUCAAAUCUGGACGUGCUGGAGGAUUACCCCCGCUACUAUGAUCGCGAGCCACAAACCAUAUUGACGGAUCAAAACGAGAGAUUGGAGUGCUGGCUAUAUCUGAUACGCAACUAUCCGGAUGCGAUGCUGUCGAAGCCGUUGCUUAGCUCCUACCACAACACGCCGCAGGCGUCGUACAGUGAGAAGUCAGUGCGAGAUCCAAAAAUUGCGGCCAAAGAUGAUUUGUCCUAUUGAACUUUGCAUAAAUCUUUGCAGCUACGCGGAUAGCACAGCACAAGAUCUCUUCACGGACGAGCUGAACU